AUGAGACAAGGCUUCUUCUGGAAAGCAGCACUGAUUGCGAUAGUCAAGAAAGCACCCUUAAAGCUCCUGACGAUCCUUCUCGACCGGCGGGGAGCAGACGUUCUAAUCACCGAAAAGGUGGUUGUGGCGGCUGCAGCGAACUACGGCAACAGCAAGGAGGUGAUGACGCUCCUUCUCGACCGGCGGGGAGCAGACGUUCCAAUCACAGAAGAGGUUGUAGCAGCAAUCGUAAGAGGGUUUGAUAAGGAUGUGAUGACGCUCCUUCUUGACCGGCGGGGAGCAGACGUUCCAAUCACAGAAGAGGUGGUGAAGGCGGCUGCAGCCAACGACGGCAACGGCAAGGACGUUAUGGCGCUACUUCUCGACAAGCGGGGAGCAGACGUUCCAAUCACAGAAAAGGUGCUCGAGAAGGUUAUAUUUAACACCGGCAAUGGCAAGGAAGUGAUGACACUCCUUCUCGACAGACGAGAAAAGGAGGUGAUUGAAGCUCUAGCACGACCGAUCGGAGGAUUUUCGUUGACCUUCGAGAAAACUAGCCCAAGUUCGUUUCGUGUACAUCUCAUGAGUGGUUGGCUCUAUCGCAAGUUCGGAGUAAGAGCGUUGAACUCCUCAUAG